AGAAGGGGAGGGAGACAGAGCAGGAGAAGGAGCAGGAACAGGAGAAGGCUGAAGCCCAUCAGCACAAGUAGACCAACCAGGAGAAGAAGAGGACACCAGAAGCAGAUUCUUGAGAGAGAAAGUCACUCAUUUCUGAGGAUCUGCAAACUUUCUGAAAGUUUGGGAAAACUUUGGAGAGAGAGAGAGAAAGAGAGAGAGAGAGAGAGAGGAAACCAGAGAAGAGGUAGGGGGAGGGAGCUAGUGCAGAGACUCCUAGUGAGCUGGUGCCCCUCCAAAAAUUAAGGACACACCAGGCCUUUUAUUUUAGGAAUGAAUGCCACUGAUCCAUGUGUGUCUUAUUGUGAACCCCCUACCAUGGAUUGUUACUACAGCCCGGCUCCGCAAGUCAGAGAUCUCCAGAGUUCGCCUUUUAGGGCAUUCCAGCCCAGUGAUAAGUUUAGUCCCGCUUUCCUUUCCAGCAAAGGACAGAGCUUUGGGGACAAGUCCAGGAGCUCCUCGUACCAGCAGGAGUGCCAGACCUUGGAUGGCAGUGCCAGGGAGCAGCAGAGCCAAGGAACCUACCCCAAGUACCACCAGCAGUCCCAACAGCAACAGCAGCAGCAAUCCCAUAUCUACAUGCAGAACAAUUCCUGCAAAUCUCCAUCAGACAGCCUGAAACUGCAAGACAGCCCAGGAGAGCCUCUCAUUUCUUGCUACGCCAAAGAAAGUUCCCUGACGCCAAACAGCGACGGACCAGGAAUGGAUAGCGGCUACCUGACCAGCAAAGAGGCCCCCGCCAAGGGCUCCCAGGACAGGGGGAGCAGCGAUCUUCCCAUGGAUAAGAACGAGUCCGAGAGCAACAAGGGGAAGAAAAGGCGGAACAGAACUACGUUUACCAGCUACCAGCUGGAGGAGCUGGAGAAAGUCUUCCAGAAGACACACUACCCAGAUGUCUACGCCCGGGAACAGCUGGCGAUGAGGACUGACCUCACAGAGGCCAGAGUGCAGGUGUGGUUCCAGAAUCGAAGGGCAAAGUGGAGGAAAAGAGAGAGGUUUGGGCAAAUGCAACAAGUACGAACUCACUUCUCUUCUGCCUACGAGCUGCCACUACUGACCCGAGCUGAAAACUAUGCCCAGAUUCAGAACCCGUCCUGGAUUGGAAACAACGGCGGCGGCUCCCCAGUCCCAGCCUGCGUGGUACCGUGCGACACCGUCUCCUCCUGCAUGUCCCCGCACACCCACCCGCACUCCGCCGGGGGAGUCUCGGAGUUCCUCAGCGUCCCGGGCCCCGGAUCUCACGUCAGCCAGACGCACAUGAGCGGCCUCUUCAGCGCCGCCGCCAUGGCGCCCGGCAUAAACGGGUACGACUUGAACACUGAGCCCGACCGCAAGAGCUCCAGCAUCGCGGCGCUCAGGAUGAAGGCCAAGGAACACAGCGCCGCCAUGUCUUGGGCCACAUGACAGCGCUGCCCGCCAAACACUGACACUACUCCGGCCCUCAUGCCGCACACUGGCGGAAUAUCAUGGGGGCGCCCGCUACUUAGUUUCCCAAGGACUAGAAGCUAACCCUGCAACGUUUGAGAUGUCCGCUUCCAAGAAAAAUAAAUAAAAAAAUAAACGCUGGGAUUGCUACAAAAAUGGUUUUCACCAGAUAGAGACUGAGCGUGGCUCAAAUUCACUGAGAAUCCGGGUGAAAAAAAUAAGUUAACGAUCAGGGAUCUCUUACCGUUAUGGCAUGGCGGUAAACCAUUCAGAAACCCGUCAUCUCCUUCGAGGCAUCAGACGACUCCUGUUUCGGCCAUUGCAGGCGUCGCACAACCGAACCAAACAGCACUGGCGGGCUGAGAUGCUGCCCGGAUUGGUGUUCAGGCCAGGCUGGAAAGUGCCUUAGGGGGGUUACAUAUUUUUUUAAAGAGGCUUCAGGCUGGGUGGGAUGUCGCUGCCAAAGUCACGCAGACCCUAAAGAAGUGUGUUUUGCUUUCUUGUUUGUAACAGUUGGGGUAUUGGAUUGCUUUGCGGUUUUUGUUGUUGUGUCUCAGCAGUGGGAGGGGGUGCAGUUCAUUUGAUCUCCGUUUCGCUCAUCCCAAUUCCACUCUCAUAAAGUGUGAAAAAUCACUCAGCCUACCUAUAGACAUAAGACGGCAGUUGUAAUAAAUGUAUCAGUUUAAGUCAACUAAGUU